AUGAAGGCCCUCCUUGUAUUGACCAUUGUCUGUCUCACUCUUCUAUCACUUGGUCCGGUUGUGGAAGCCUAUUGUUUCUUCGGCGAGUGCAUCGAUGUCACUUAUCAAGGUUGUAGUGGCUUGGUGACUCGUGGCUCGUGUGGCGGUGGAAGAAAUAUUCAAUGCUGCCAUUUUCCUCGUAGCGGUAUCUUCAAGAGAAGCAUCCAGACGACUGGGAAU